GGGCCGGCGGCUCCCCGGGGCGGCGUGCAGCCUGCGCGGUGCCCCCGGCGGCUCGCCCGCUCCCCGCCUCGAAAAAGCGGCGCGUCCCGUCCUUCCUUCCCCGCCGCGGCCGCCCCCUCUCCGGUCCCGCGGAGCGGCGCGCAGCCCUCGCAUCAUGGCGGGGCGUGCGGACACGCUGUGGCUGUCCCCGUGGCUGUGGCUGUGGCUGUGGCUGUGGCUGUGCACGGCAGGGCUGUGCGCGGCGGCGGAGCUGCGACUGACCCUGUUGCACACCAACGACGUACACGGGCGGGUGGAGGCGCAGGGCGCGGGGCCGCGGCGCUGUGCGGGGGAUGCCCCGGGAUGCUUCGGCGGCGUGGCGCGGAGAGCGGCGAGGGUGGCGGCGGAGCGGGCCGCGCACCCCAACGUGCUGCUGCUGGACGCCGGAGACCAGUACCAGGGCACGGUGUGGUUCUCCCGCUUCAAGGGCCGGGAGGCGGUCCACUUCAUGAACCUCCUGCGCUACGAUGCCAUGGCUUUGGGUAACCAUGAGUUCGAUGAAGGUGUGAGUGGAUUAUUGGAUCCUCUUCUUAAAAAUGCUAAUUUUACAGUCCUGAGUGGAAAUAUUAAAGGAAAAACUCCAUUAGGGAAUGAAAUGAUGAAAUAUGUUCAUCCUUUUAAAAUAGUUCAUUUUGACUCAGAAUCAGUAGGAAUUGUUGGCUACACUACGCAGGAAACUUCUUUUCUUUCACAGCCAGGGGAUGAUAUAAUCUUUGAAGAUGAAAUUGAAGCAUUGCAAGUGCAAGUGAAUAAACUUACUGCUAUGGGAGUGAACAAAAUAAUUGCACUAGGACAUUCUGGUUUUACCGUGGACAAAAAUAUUGCCCAAAAAGUGAAAGGAGUGGAUGUUGUGAUUGGAGGACAUACCAACACGUUUCUUUACACAGGCACCCCACCCUCUACUGAAGUGCCAGCUGGCCCAUAUCCAUUCAUGGUUGACUCAGAUGAUGGGAGGAAGGUGCCAGUUGUACAAGCUUACGCUUAUGGAAAAUAUCUUGGUUACUUAAAUGUUACAUUUGACAAGAAAGGAAAUGUAGUUGAAGCAGUUGGGAACCCCAUUUUGCUGGACAGCAGUAUCCCUGAAGAUGAACACAUUAAAGAAGAAGUGGAAAAAUGGAGAGAAAACCUGGGGAAUUAUUCUAAAGAGAUUGGAAAAACUAAUGUUUACCUGAAUGGUACAAGCCAAGCAUGCCGUUUCCAGGAAUGUAACAUGGGAAAUUUGCUUUGUGAUGCUGUGCUUUAUGAAAAUGUUGGGCGUCCAGAUAAAAAAUCAUGGAACCACGUUUCAAUAUGCAUCCUGAAUGGAGGUGGGAUACGGUCACCCAUUGAUGAACAGAGCACUAAUGGUAGCAUAACUGUGGAAGAUUUGCUGUCUGUUUUGCCAUUUGGAGGUCGUUUUGAUAUGGUAAGGGUAAAAGGCUCCACUCUGAAAGAAGCUUUUGAGCACAGUGUGCAUAGAUACGGAAGAGGAAGUGGAGAGCUGCUGCAGGUUGGAGGUAUCCAUGUGGUCUAUGAUCUUUCCAGAGCCCCAGGAAGCAGAGUUGUUAGCUUAGAAGUGCUUUGCACAGCCUGCCGAGUCCCAUCCUACAUCCCACUCCACAUGGAUGAAAUAUACAAUGUGACUCUUCCAUCCUAUAUGUUAUUUGGAGGAGAUGGCUAUCAUAUGCUGAAAGACAAAAAUAUGGGAUACAGCAAAGGUGAACCUGAUAUUGAGGUUGUUUCCCGCUACCUACAAAGAAUGGAGAGAGUUUACCCAGCAGUUGAAGGUCGAAUAAAGUUUUCUUCUGGAAGUCUUCACAAAGCAAGUCUUACCCUGAUCUCUGUAUUGUUCACUGCAACAUUCUUGCACACUUGAUUAUUGCUCUCUAUGUGUUUGUUUGGAGGAAGAAAGGAGGAGAAAUGAUGCUGAUGAAGCAAAAAGAGAACUGUUCUCUUUCCUCUUUUCUUACACCUUACAAUGAAUGAGCAGUGAGGUUGCUGCAUGUUAGCAGUAAGCAGCCCAAUCCAUUGUCUUUUAUCUGGUAGUGCAUCAAAGCACUCUGUGCAGAGCAGGGGGCAGAAUUCAUGCCUUUUCUUGGUUUGAAUCAGCAGGUACCUGCAAUUCGGUUUGAGGUUUUAAGAAGCGAAGUGCCAGUGAAUACCUACUGCUCAAUCAUAAAGCAAUGACAAAUUGUAAUGGGGUAUUUUUAAAUUGUCAAAUCCUUUUAGAUGCCUUAGAUAGUGAGUUAAGAACCUGAUUCCAGUAAGGCAAACAAACUUCUUAGAAAUGGAUUUAUUAUAGGUGUAUAUUCCUUUCUUUGAUCUCCACUCAGGGUUAAAGUAUUCAAACCUAAUAUUUCUACUUUGCUUCCAGUCAUAUUUAUCAUACCUACACCAAUAUCUGAAAGAGCUGGAUUAAAGUCAGUGCCAUUAAAAUCAUGAGGCCCAUUUAACAUGCAAUUUUAAAAAGUUUGUUUUACUUUUGAAGAUGCAGCAUCUCACUUAUGUUUUCCAUUAAUAAACGAUGCAAUGAAAGCUUGAUUUUGAUAAAUUUUAACAAAUUGAGUAUUCUUCAUUCUUUAAUAUGACCAGUUUGGGGACUGUGUCUAGAGCAAAAACACAAUCUAUGACUGUGUUUCAUAUAAAUAUGCUCGAUUUUUUACCUUUUCCAAAGAACAAAGCACAGGACUCCUGCCUCUUACUCUGUAUCACCAACAUUCCCAGAGAAUGUCAGAUAGAGGCAUUGACUCCUGCAGCACUGUGGCAUCCUUUGGAAAUAGCCAGGUAAUGGGGCUUUUUACAGCAUAACCUGUCUUUAUGAUAACUGUGGUUAUACCUCAAAAGACCAUCUCUUCUAUGGGAAGGCUGUGUUUAAAAAAAUACAGUUGUAAAUACAGGCUAAUGAGUAUGAAAUCAAAAAUCAGACUAAAUGCUAAGUGUACACUUCUGAUGCUUUAUCAAGAAGUGAUUGAUUAUAAAUGAAUGCAAACAACCAUUAUUUUUCUAAGUUCAUUCACAUUGGGAUUUUUGCCAUCAAUGUGUUUUCAUGUUGUUCAAUGCUAUUUUAAACUGAUUAUCAGUGUUUUAAAUAAACCUGCUUUGUUUUUCUGGAAAGCUCACUACACUCUUUUUCAACCCUGAAGCUACUUGGCUCUUAAAUUCACUGCACCUGCAGAUUUCAAGGAGAAGGUGUGCUAAGAUAAACACUAAGUAUAUUUAAAUUUCAAGAUCUCAUUCAUUUUGACAUACAUUGAGAGGCUGUGUAUGAAAAGCUCUGGACUACACAGCUGCAACAUGACACAAACGAUGACUGACCUUUACACACAACUUCUUAUGCCCUGGCAUUGAUGGUUUGCCAAUACCAGCCCUUAAGAAUAGUUAAUUUAGAAAAUGGUCUUACCCAAAUCAACAUAAAACCAGUAACAGAGAGGGCACUUAUGGACCAAACUGUACCUGCACACCAAUUUUUAGAGUUGUAACAACUCCUUUGGCAUAGCCAGAAAGAAGAGAAAUAACAAUUUUACCUUCCUUUGACAAAGAGAAGGAAAAGGUUUGCAGUACUAAUACAGACAGAUAGCACAAACUGUAUUGACAAAGAACACCAAUGCUGCAUUAGAUUGGUUGGUUUGUAGUGAAGGAGAAAAUGGGUGUUGUCUGAAAAUAAAAACUGAGGAAUGCCUAUUAAAGUAUUGCUGUAUUGGUCUGUGAGUAAAACUUGUUAAAAAUCCACACAUGAAAGUCCAUUUCA